GGUUCUCAGCGGUUGUUUCGAAGGCUACGGGUUUGAACUGGCGCGGUUGGGACGCCAUUCAUUUUGGGGAUUGUCACGCUCAGGACCACUGUUAUUUCGUCCACGCAUUUAAUAAUUGGUCUUCGUUAGCACUAACGUGGUUGUCAUAGAGGCUAAUACGGACCCAACACUAGUCCAUCACAGGCAAGAUGGCAGCUAGUUUUGCCCAAAUGGGACUUCCCAGUACAGUAGUGGAUGAAGAUGAACAGGCACCUCGUGGCAAUAUUUUGAAACUCUGGGGAAACCAACAAACAAUGAAUCUUAAUACAAUGAUUUACACAAACAUAGUUCAGUCCCCAUACUUCAAAUCUAACCUGGUAGAGCUUAAAACAUACCAUGAGGUUAUUGAUGAAAUAUAUUACAAGGUCGAACAUUUGGAGCCAUGGGAGCGUGGAAGUAGGCGGGUAGGUGGCCAGACUGGAAUGUGUGGAGGCGUUCGUGGAGUGGGGGCUGGUGGUAUCGUGUCAACGGCUUACUGUCUACUUUAUAAACUUUUCACAUUGAAACUAACAAGAAAGCAGCUCAAGGGUCUUCUGGACCAUCCUGAUUCUCCAUACAUUCGAGCGCUUGGCUUUAUGUAUAUUAGGUACUGUAUCCCUCCUGAGGAUUUUUGGUGGUGGUACGCACCUUACUGGGGUGACCCCGAGGAACUGGAUGUAAAAGCUGGUGGCGGCUGUGUUAUGACGAUAGGCCACAUGUUGGAGCACUGGUUGACCAAGCUUGAUUGGUUCUCUACUCUAUUCCCGCGCAUUCCAGUCCCUGUCCAAAAGAAAUUAGAAGAGAAAAUGCGCCUCCGCAGAUGCCAGGUUCUCUUGGAAGUUAGCUCCGCCCAAGAAAGUGAAACUAAGAAGCAUUACGAUCGGAGUCGUGAUGGUUCGCAUCACAAAUAUGGUGGACAAUCUCAUCGGCAUGAAAAGCACAAAUCUGAUCGUGAGAAACACAGACAUCAUUCACGCAGAUCUAAGUCACGCGAACGUCGGCGUUCUAGAACCCCAAAUGAACGGGAGAGUUCAUUUGAACGUGAUUUGAAACGUGCUAGAGAACGACAAGAACGCGAACGACGUAGAAGUCGGAGUUAACUAACCUGUUUUUUUCAAUAUAUAUGUAUCUAAUAUUCCCACCGAGUUGUCUUUAAGCCCGUUAUUAUUUAUACUUUUGCGGCUGAUAACAUACAUUAUUUCUGUUUUCUAUUGUAAUUACACUUUUUGGCUCAAAAUAAUAAAACCUGUAUUAUAAAUGGUAUAUAGUUAAUGGAGAUUACACUGACUUGCUUCUAGUAUCAGUUUCGUCGUAAUUUUAUGUAUUUUGCAGCAUAAUUUUAGUGAUAACGCCUUUUC